UCAUCUUAUGACUUUUGAUGGUGUAGGAGGUGGUGACAUUCAAGGAUGUGGCUGUAGACUUCAGCCAGGAGCAGUGGGGCCUCUUGGACCAUUCUCAGAAGGAGUUGUACAAGGAGGUCAUGCUGGAGAAUGCCUGGAACCUGCUCUCUCUGGGACUUCCAGUUCCCAGAGAAGAUGUGAUCUUUUAUUUUAACCAAAGGGAAGUACCAUGCAUGCUGGACCAAGAAGGCCUGAGGAGCUGCCCUCCAGAAGAUGCAAUGGGACAUGAAAUAAAGGAAACUGCUGCAGAUCUGAGCCUUUCUGUGGUAGAAAGUCACAAGCAAAGAUUCAUGACUGAUGGUCCCUGUGACUUGUCUUGGAGAGAAAUCUGUGUGACAUGUGAGAUCAUCGAUUCUGGAGAGAAGCAAAGUAGAAUAGCUUUUAGAGAGAAAAGAGUUCUUACUAGGCAUCAGAGAAUCCACACUGAGGAGAAAACACAUGUAUGUUACCAAGAUGGAAAUGUCUUUAGACAAAUGGAAAGACUUAUUCCCCAUCAGAGAAUCCACACUGGACAGGAACCUUAUGAAUCUUACCAAUGUAGAAAGGGUUUUACAGAAAAUAGAUCACUUAGUCUACAUCAGGCAUUCCACACUGGAGAGAAACCUUAUGAAUGGAACCAGAGUGGAAAGGCCUUUAGGCAAAGGGCAUCUCUUACUGGACAUCAGGUAAUGGACAAUGGAGAGAAACCUUAUAAAUGUAACCAGUGUGGAAAGGCUUUUAUAGGAAGUGAAACUCUUAAUAGACAUCAGAGAAUCCACACCGGAGAGAAACCUUAUAAAUGUAACCAAUGUGAAAAGGCUUUUACAAAAAAGGAUUCUCUUAUUGGACAUCAGAGAAUCCACACUGGAGAAAAGCCUUAUGAUUGUAACCAGUGUGGAAAGGCUUUUACAAAAAAGAGCAAUGUUAUUGUACAUCAGAGAAUCCACACUGGAGAGAAACCUUACGAAUGUUAUCAGUGUGGAAAGGCCUUUACACAUAAGACUACUUUUACUGUACAUCAGAUAAUUCAUACUGAAGAGAAAGCAUAUGCAUGUUACCAAUGUGGAAAAGCCUUUAAAUACAAGAAAAAUCUUACUGCACAUCAGAGAAUCCACAAUGGAGAGAAACCUUAUAAAUGUAACCUAUGUGGAAAGGCUUUUAUAGGAAGUGGAACUCUUAAUAGACAUCAGAGAAUCCACACAGGAGAGAAACCUUAUAAAUGUAACCAAUGUGGAAAGGCUUUUACAAAAAAGUAUUCUCUUACUGGACAUCAGAGAAUCCACACUGGAGAAAAGCCUUAUCAUUGUAACCAAUGUGGAAAAGCUUUUACAGAAAGGACAUCUCUUACUGGACAUCAGAGAAUCCACACUGGAGAGAAACCUUAUGAAUGUAACCAAUGUGGAAAGGCUUUUAGUCAAAAAGGAAGUCUUAUCGUACAUCAGAGAAUCCACACUGGAGAGAAACCUUAUGAAUGUAAGCAGUGUGGAAAGACUUUUAGAUAUAAGACAAGUCUUACUGCCCAUCAGAAAGUUCACACAGUAGAGAAUUCUUAUAAAUUUACCCAAUAAGGAAAGGACUUUUGAUUGGCUGGUGCCAAAUCUGAAGAAAGGUAAAGAUAUUAAAUUAAGGAGAAAAAUGAAUCGGGCAUAUCAGAAGAAGAUGUGGUAGUAUUGAUACCUUCUAUAUUUAGCCUUCUCUAGCCAUAAUCCUAAGGACAUAGGGAGGAAGGAAACAUAAAAGAUGAUUAAAGAUAGCAGAUAGGUUCUUAUGCAUAUCGGAUCCUUCUUUUCCACCUGGUCACCUAUUUGAAGAACAAUGUGGUGGAAUGUAAAGAUGGCUAGAUUUUGGUUAAAGAUUUCACUUCUGAGAUAACAGCUUAUAUCAAUCAAAUUUGCUAUGUUGACCCAAAAGUUGGAAAUAGGUUUAGAGUUCUAAAGGAUUAGAGGAACAAUAAUAAAUGUGUGUAAGUAUGAAUUGGUCCAGUUGUUAUAAAAAUCAUUUGAUAUUAGGAAUUGUUAAAAGGUGAUCAAAUGCCCAUCUAUCAGGUCAAGGAAAAAAUAUUUAAAGCAACCAGAAAGAACCAAUUCAGAUGUCGAGGAGCCACAAUCAAGAUUACCCAGGACCUAGCAGCUUCCACCUU